CAUCCUUCCACUUUGGCCCUGCUGUAGCCCCAGCACAGAAGAUGCUAGCAUGGUAACUUUUGCUUGCCUGCUCAUUGAACAUGGUGCAAAGUCUUUUGAAAUCACAUGGGAACCUAACACUCCAGAACCGAAAAAAUUCUCAACACAGGAAAUGAGUGGAAAGAACCUGUUCACAACAAGUCAACUCACUGUCUCUUCCUCCAGCUUCUCCAAAAAUCCUUACAAAUGCAGUAUAAAAGAAAAAAAAGAUUUUCCCCCAGUUAUCUUCACAGACAGAUAUUGCAUUUUGCAACCUCCGAAACCAGUUGAUGUCCAGAUUUUAACCCCCAGUUGUGGCACACAGAGUUCAGUGAUCAACGUGGAACUGGUAUGCUUCUUGAGAAGCCUUAGUAGUGGAAAAGCCAAGGUGGAAUGGCUGAAGAAUGGAGUACAGCUGCAAGAAAAAGAAGAGGUGACAUUGAGAGCCAUUGUAGGAAAGGGUAGUGGUUACUCCAGUUUCAUCCACCUGAACAUCAGCAAAGAGAGUUGGGACAAAGGGGACCUCUACACCUGUAAAGUGACACGACCACCAGGCAGUCAAAAUGUCACAAUGCACAAUGCCAGCAAAUGCCAAGUGUGCUAUGGUUGCAUGCAUCAACCCACCAUGUCUUUUACCAAGCCAUCUUACAAAAGCCUGCUUGAUAGAUCAGCCAUCCUAGUCUGCACCGUGAUUUCUUCAAACCUUGAAAAUGCUCAGAUCACUUGGCUUGUGAAUGGCAAACCCAGCAGUGAUGUUGUGGAUAAGAGGGUGACGACGGAUGCUAAUGGAAGUCAGAAGUUGAGAAGUAACCAUUCUGUGUCUUUGGAACAGUGGACAAAGGGCACCGUCUUCACUUGCAAAGUAACUGGGAGUUGCUUUAAAGAACACAGAAAAGAAAUCACCAUCGAGAAGGCUACACAAAUGAAUCCACCCUCUGUCAUCAUUUCUCGAGCCCCGCUAGAGAUUUCCCUCAAGAGCACCACGGCCCUCAUUCUCAUCUGUGAUGUGAGCGGAUUUUCCCCAGUGGAGAUUAGCAUCUCAUGGGAAAGAAAUAACAUGUCCCUGAACAAAAACCUGUACGACAAUGGGGUCGCCACACAGAUGGCAAACGGGUAUUCUAUGUACAGCAUCUUGAAAAUCAACAGAGAUGAACCAGGAGGAAAAGGAGGGAGCUACUGCUGUAUCAUCCACCAUCCCACUUCUCAAACUCCAUACGUGGCCUGUGAAAAGGUACCCAUCGAUUUCCUGGAGCCUCGAGCACCUACGGUGGAACUGCUGCAGUCGGUAGAUUGGGAGAAGGACACAGUGAUGUUGAAAUGCAUUGCUACUGAUUACAGGCCCCCAAGUGUCACCAUCAAUUGGGUGGGUGGUCCACAAAAUAAGAAGGAAGAUGUUGUGAACCAGAGGAUGGCAGAUGGAACCUACUGGACUAGCAGCCAAUUCACCACCACCCUCUCCCAAUGGCAAGAAAUGAACAGCACAACUUGUGAGGUGGUACAUCACGCAACUAGUACAACAAAGUUCCAGAAGAUUUCCAGAAAAGAUUGGGUUAUGCCCAAAACUCUCAUGGUGACUUUGAAUGUCCAUCCACUCUGUCCAAGUUUAGGAACCAUAAGUAGUGUUACUUUAGUCUGUUCCAUCUAUAGCUACUCUCUAGAGAACAUCCAAGUCACUUGGAAACCAGAUGGAAAUUUUGAAACAUUACCAAAGGAUCGGUCAAAGUUCUAUGCUAGCAGCAACAUUACAGUAUCCCUAGAGGAGUGGAACAAGCUAAAAGAAUAUACCUGCAAAGUAACUCAAGCUGGAAGAAAUCACACAGAGACAAGAACUAUCAGCAAGUGCAAAGCCUGUAAGAACAGUGUGCCACCUCCCACAAUUUAUCUACUCAAACCACCCCUUGAGAGACUCUUCAUCCAAAACAGAGCCAUCCUUUCUUGCCUUGUGGUGGGCUAUGAACUGGAGAACAUCAUGUUCACCUGGACAAUGGAUGGACUUAACCUCACCACGAAUGCCACCACGGAAAAAAUCAAAACACACACAAAUCGGACCCAAAGUUUCCAAAGCCAGCUUAACCUCACCAGUCAAACCUGGGAUGCUGGAAAGAAAAUUGAAUGCAUUGUUUCUCAUCUCUGCUCACUUUUCCCUGAGGUGAAGCAGAGCAUCCAAAAAAGCACAGAUUCCUGCCAAAAACCUUCUCUCUCCUUGGUCCUUCCACCACUAUUGCAACUGACACAAGCUACCUCCCAAGCUGUUGCUUGGUUGGCUUGUGUGAUCAAUGGAUUCUUCCCAUCUGAGAUACUCAUCAAAUGGAAGAAGAACAACAGAAGUAUAGAUGCUUCUGAGUAUAUCACAGGGCCAUCCAUACUUGAAACUGGGAACUCUACUUUUUCUACUCAGAGCGUCUUGAAAAUCCCAGCAUCUGAAUGGGAAAACAGAGCUGUGUAUACAUGCCUAGUGGGACAUGAAUCCCUAACUAUCAUGAAGAACAUCAGUAAAUAUUUGUAUGAUUUCCUGAAACCCACUCCUCCACGAGUGAUGGCAUUCCACAUCUUUGAGGACAAGGGCUAUCCAAAACUUGUCUGCUUGGCCACCAGCUUCUACCCCAAAACCAUAGACAUUCGAUGGAACACCAAAGGAGAGAAACUCAGUUCCAUUCCAAACUGUUCCUCUCCGGUGUCCCUUCUUGAUGGGACAUUCCAGAAGGACUGUAGUUUGACCAUCAGUGGAGAAGAUUGGCACAAUCCACAAACAUACACAUGCACCGUAAAUCAUCGUGAAACCAACUUUGUGAUUAAGAAAGAUGUGCAUUCCUCUGGAAUAGUGACAUCUCCAAGCAGUAUGGAAGUGAUCAAGAUGCAGUUGCCAUCCUUUGAAGAGCUCUUCACAAACAGAAGUGCAACUCUAACCUGCAUGAUGUCUCUCACGAAUACCAGUGCCAAUGCAACCUUCAGCUGGACCAUGGAUGGCAAGCCGGCCAACAAUAAUUCAGUGACAAAUGAAGUCUUCCAAGAAACCAACUACACUUCUUUGAUGUAUGGCCAAUUGCAGGUGAAACUGAGUGAAUGGAUCAACACCACUCAAUUCGCUUGUAGCAUCCAGAGUGGCCAAGGAGAAAUGGAGAUGAAGCAUUUUGACCGAAGGAAUGGGACUAUGAGACCCCCCAAAGUGGAUCUCCAGCGUCAAUCAUCCAGUGAAGACUUCAAUGUAACCCUACUGUGCAUAGCGAAAGAUUUCUAUCCAGAUGAAAUCUUUCUGAAGUGGGAAGAAGAGAACCAAGAAAUUUCCUUCAAGGGUUACGACACCCAUGGCAUGAAGUGUGACCAUGAGAAACAAACGUGCUCCUUGCUAAGCAUGCUCGAAGUCCCCACAAGCAAAUGGAUGAUGGGAGCCUCCUACAGAUGCCUUGUAGCUCACGUCUCUUCUGAAAACAUAAUCGAUAGAACAACUAAUUUCUUAACUGAUUCCUGGGAUUGUACCCUCAUGGGAGCAGCUUUCUGUGACAUUCGCAAUGAAAAUGAAGAUGAAUACAGUGAGCUGGAAGAAGCCAACGGUGUCUGGAAUAAAGUUUUCACCUUCAUUAUUCUCUUUAUUGUGGCCAUAUUUUAUGGCGGCCUUGUCACUUUCAUCAAGGUGAAAUAACCAUCAUCCCUUUCCUAUCAAUGAAGCACACAGUCAAAUGAGACCCCAUCUUUUCCCCUUCAUCAUCCAUUUCUCUCGCCCAUCCUUCAUGACAACUGUUUUAAGCUACACUGUUUUAAAUGUCACAAAAAAAACCUAUCUACUUUCACCUGACCCUGUCUCUACUUC